GGCCGUAAAGAAAGCUGUAAAGAGCUGGAAUCUUGUUUUGAGUGUGUUGCUGCCAUGCUGAAAGUUACACGCCAGCAUAAUCUGUGCAAUGGCAGACGUCCCUGCUGGCGGGUGCGGAGACUCCGAUAGCGACUACGAGGUAGACGAGGAGGCCUACGUCCUGCUGGAACUCUCCGGAAUCAUCGACAGUGACUACCUGAAGAAGUGCGAGCCCAAGUGCAAGGUCCUCGGCCUUGAUCGUGCGAAGCCCAUCGUGCAGGUCGGACGACACGUGUUUGCAGGGAAAUUCGAGGAUACGGUCGGUACGGCAGUGUUCUUCUCCGAAGAGCAGCAGGGUGGUGCGAAUACAGCCAAGCAGCUGUCGUACUUCACGCACACGUCCAAGAAGCUGUGCGUGCAGCGUGCUUUCCUGAGCGAGAAAGCAGAACCGGCUGCCGCUGCGGCGACGAGUAGUGCACAGAUAAACGGUUCUACAGAAGACGCUAACAACAUGGAAGUAGAUCAAGACCAAUCGUCAUCUAAAGAGUAACAGACAACGUGCUGUGCAGGAUCACACGGGAAGUGCUGGAACUGUUGAUGCAGAACACAGACAA